AUGGAGAUUGAUGUUGGAUUGAUCCUUGAUAUUGGUUCAUUGGAGGGGAGGAUGAUGCAAAGCUCUAUUUCCAUGGCAAUUUCAGAUUUUUACCGUGUAAAUGGUUACUACAAGACAAGGAUUGUUCUUCGCACAAGUGACUCCAAAGGACAACAUCUACUUGCUCUAUCUUCCGCUUUUGAUCUUUUGGAAAAUUUCAAUUUGGGGGCGAUCAUAUUCAUAGGAGCACAGUCAUCAAUGGAAACGAAACUUUUGGGUGAGCUAGGAGAUAAAGCUAAAAUCCCCAUUAUUUCGUUUUGUGCACCUUCAACUUCUCCUUUCUCAAACAAAUCAUACCCUUAUUUAGUCCAAAUCGCACAAGAUGAAACCUCUCAAGUAGCGGCCAUCGCUGCCAUUGUUGAAGCAUUCAAAUGGAGAUAUGUCAUUGCGAUACACGAGGACAAUGAUGAAUGGGGAGUUUUUAUCCUGCGUUUGGUUGAGUCCUUGGAAGGUAAAAACAUCCAUAUUGCAUACAAAAGCUCGCUUGCCGUCUCAUCAGCUGAUAAUCAAAUCAAUGAAGAGCUGCAGGAACUCAUGGCAUUCGGACCAACGGUUUUUAUUGUGCAUAUGUCACCUAUUCUCGCAUCUCGUUUAUUCAUGAUAAACGUAAGGAGUUCCAGCAUUGAGGUUAUGGACUCAAUGAAAGGAAUGAUCGGUCUCAAAUCCUAUGUUCCACCUUCAAAGGAGCUACACAAUUUUACUUCAAGAUGGAGAAAAAAAUUUCUUCUUGAAACAGAUAUGGAAGUAAUGGAGUUAACCCCAUUUUGUAUAUUGGCAUAUGAUGUUGCUUGGGGUCUAGCAAAAGCAGUUGAAAGGGCAAGGCCUAAAGAAAUACUCCUUAUAGAAAUACUUCUGCGUAGUAAAUUCAAAGGUUUAAGUGGCGAUUUUCAAUUUAUUAAUGGGAAACUAGUCCUAAAUGCAUUUGAGAUAGUGAAUAUGAUAGGGAAAGGGGAACGAAGAGUUGGGUUUUGGACUCCUGAAGGAAAAAUUGCUAGAGAAUUAUAUUCAUCCAUUCAUGGAAGAGAAUUAUCAUUGAGUAAUACUUCUGGUGAACUUGAAGAUAUUAUAUGGCCUGGAGGAUCUGCUACAAUUCCAAAAGGUACAGUCACAAAAAUGAGCAGCAGAAAGCUUAGAAUUGCUGUUCCACGAAAUGGUGGAUUCCCUGAAUUGGUGAACGUAGAUCGUAACCUUCAAUCUAAUGUAACAUCAGUAACAGGAUUCUGCAUAGAUGUAUUCAAGGCUGCUAUUGAAGAGGUAGAGCUUGAACUUGAGAUUGAAGUAGAUUAUGAGUUUAUACCCUUUCUGAAUGCAACCGGGGAGAAUAUUGGGACUUAUAGUGAACUUAUUGACGAGGUCUAUCUUCAGAAAUAUGAUGGUGCUGUUGGAGAUAUAACAAUGACGGAAAACAGAAGUUUAUAUGUUGAUUUUACAAUAACUUAUACUGAUUUGGGAGUUGGAACUAUAGCCCCAAAAAACAACAAAAACAUGUGGAUUUUCUUGAAGCCGCUAACGGGUGAUCUUUGGUUAUCCAGUGCCGGCCUUUUUAUCUUGACUGGCAUUGUCAUUUGGCUAAUUGAACGUCCUAUUAACAAUGAAUUUCAAGGUCCAACAUCUCACCAAAUUGGAAUGAUUUUCUGGUUCUCCUUUUCAACCCUUGUUUUUGCUCACAAGGAGAAGCUGUUAAGUAAUUUUUCAAGAUUUGUGGUGAUCGUGUGGGUGUUCGUCGUGCUUAUAUUGACUUCUAGUUAUACUGCAACUUUGACUUCAAUGAUUACAGUUCAACAGAUUCAACUGAACUCAAAGGAGAAUUAUAUAGGAUACCAAACCAAUAGUUUCAUCGUCAAGGGAGUCAUUAGUAACCUGAAUUUCAAGAAUUCUAAUCUUCAACCAUUCAGUUCUCCCGAAGAGUAUGCUAAUGCUUUAUCAAGAGGAAGUAAGAAGGGCGGUGUCUCUUCUAUCAUUGAUGAGAUACCAUACAUAAAAAUCUUCCUUGCAAAGUAUUCUGCAGACUAUGCCAUGAUUGGAUCCACUUCUACCGCAAAUGGCUUUGCUUUUGCUUUUCGUAAAGGUUCUCCGUUGGUUCCUUACAUGUCUAGGGCAAUUGCCAAACUAAGAGAGAAUGGAAAGCUUAUGAAGAUGGAGAACGAAUGGUUUAAGAGACAAUCAACCUUCGCAUCUGAGGAUGAUGACACUUCAAGCGUUGUGAAGCCUCUUACUCUUGAUAGCUUUCGUGGUUUAUUCCUUAUCAGUGGAGUCUCUUCAGCUUUAGCUGUAGCAGUGCUCUAUGGUUUUAUGCUUUACAAAAACUGGCACUUUGUGAAGAACUUUAACCUCAGAGACAUUAUGUGGAGACGAAUAAAGUUUGUAAUAGAGUACCUCUCUAUAAACAACUAGAAAAUCGAUGUAAAAAGAGUACCUCAGAGGGGCCUUGUGAACGUUAGAGUAGAGGUGUAGGUGUAAAUGAAUUUUUUUUUACUUGAGAAGUAUUUGUUACCAUCAUUGAUAAGUAGGAAGUAAGAAAGGGCCGCGCCUCUUCCAUCAUUGAUGAUA